AUGUCGCUAUCAUCGUCAUUAUCACAUCAUCACAUCGUCACGUCGUCAUCGUCACAUUCUCAUUGUCACAUCGUCACGUCUUCGCAUCGUUACAUCGUCACAUCCUUACAUUGUCACAUCUUCACAUCGUCAUCGUUACAUCCUCACAUCGUCCUCGUCACAUCCUCAUUGCUACAUCGUCACGUCCUCACAUCGUCAUCCUCACAUCCUCACAUCCUCACAUCGCCAUCGUCACACCCUUAUUGUCACAUCGUCACGUCCUCGCAUCAUCAUAGUCACAUCCUCAUUGUCACAUCGUCAUGUCCUCACGCCUUCACAUCGUCAUCGUUACAUACUCACAUCGUCAUCGGUACAUCCUCACAUCAUCAUCGUCAUAUCCUCAUUGUCACAUCGUCACGUCCUCACAUCGUCAUCGUCACAUCCUAA